CGCUAGUGGCUUGGUGGCCCUCCCUUCACAGCGAGCGCCGCGUAGCUUCAUGGGCACUCAACGUGCAGGCGCGACCACGUCAACACAGCAAAACAACAUGACUGAAUAUGAGCAUGCCGACGCGUCAUUUGACGAGGACGAUCAUAGGGCGGCAUUCAUCUUCAACCCGACGUCUACGUCCAGAGGGGGAAGCAACAAUGAUAACCGGGCUUCGCGUCCCUUAAAGAGGCGUAAAUUAGCAAAAACAGACGUUUCGGAACCACAACAGAAUUGUGCGUCCGAGCUUGCAUUUCCGCCGCUGUUCAAUGGCGCCGAGAGCCCCGAUGCCGUGCGGCUGCGGAAGGACCUGUUUGAGACGGCGUGGCCUGUUCUGGAAACUCGUAUUCAGCACGUUCUGAGGGAAGCCAACCGCAACACUCUCGACGAGGUCACAUCAUUCUUAGAGCAGGCUGCCGGGGCUGAGACAGAAAAACUCACGGCUGGCUUCAUCAUCACCGGCGCGAACAUCGCCUCGCAGGACCUCCUCUUCGAACAGUUGGCCGAGCGGGUUCGCACUACCGCCUCAGCAAGGUUUGUCCGCCUCCGAGCGGCAGAAGCGCCAAACCUCAAGGCGGUGCUGAAGAAGAUCAUCCGCGAUGCCACCGUGAGGAAUGCCGGCGAGGAGGAGGACGAGGAUCUUGGGGUUACGCAGGGCGGGAGAAAAUACCUCGACUAUGACUUGGAGGCUCUGCACGCCUUUCUUACCCAACAGCAGCAGUCGCGGCGGGUGGUUGUGGCCUUCCAGGAUAGCGAGGCGUUUGAAAGCGGCCUGUUGACGGACUUGAUCUCGCUAUUUCAUUCCUGGCGGGACCGCAUCAAGUUCGACGUCCUCUUUGGGAUCGCCACGUCAGUCGAGCUGUUCCAGGCCCGCCUGCUUAAAUCCACUGCCCGCCAGCUCCACGGCGCCCAGUUUGACGUCGUCCAGGCCGACUCGGUGCUCGAGAGUGUCAUCAAGACCGCCGUCGCCGGGACGCGGGCCAGGCUCAGAAUUGGACCCUCGCUGCUCCGGACUUUGGUCGAGCGCCAGCAGAAUCAGGUGGCCGGAAUCCAAGCAUUCGUCAGCUCGCUCAAGUACGCCUACAUGUGCCACUUUUACGCGAACCCACUCAGUGUGCUCCUCGCGGGAGAAGAAAGCCUGAACCGCCGGCUUCUCACGUCGGAGCACAUCGAAUCAGUCCGGAUGCUCGAUUCGUUCCGGGUCCAAGCCGAGGCCGCGGUUGAGGCGGGACAAUUGGGCCACGCGCAGUCUCUGAUCGAGGACGAUGGGUAUCUUGUGACUCAGAUCCUGGGGCAGGGCCAGAAGCGCCAGCAGUAUCUGCUCCGUCUCCUACGGGCCAUCCACCUGAUAGUGGCAACUGGGCUCGACCCGACUUCGUUCACGGACCUCUACAUACGAGCUCUAAGCGCCGGUAUCGAUAUCGAGCAGUCGUCUGGGACGGUUCCCUUGGAAGACUCCCUGAAACGGCUGAGCGCUGAUGAGUUUGUCUCGCUGAUCGAGCGCCUGCUAGAUGCCAUCCGGACCGGCAGCGCGGACCUCGGCCUGGACGGCUGGGAGUCGGAUGCCGAAGAGUUUGCGAGCUCCCUGGCAGAUCUUCGUGACGAAGUCGAAGGCCUGAGAGAGCGCUCCCAGAGCAAUCGCGCAGCCCUCAAGAGCAAAUACAGCGCCCAGAGCAAGGUCAUUCGCACCACGGUCGUCGCGCAAAAAGUCCAACUCAGCCAGGACACGGCGACCCUCACGGAGGAAGACAAAGCGUUUACCAGGGCCAUUGACGCUUUGUUGGGUCUGUUGUCCCACGAAUUGCAAUGCGACCCCGUGGACAAUCUCUUUCUUCACGAGGUCUGGGUCUUCGACUCCAAAAUGCCCUACCGGGAUGUCUUUGUCCCCCGGCCAGGCGCCACCUUCGGUCGCGCCCUCUCCCGGCCGCACGACUACCUCGCCUGUGCAUGCUGCAGCAAGGCGAACGGCGGGCUGGAGCCCACGCUGCCUACCUCGGCUAUCCUGUAUCACCUGUAUCUGGAGGCCGGAGCGCUCAUCAACGUGGCAGACUUGUGGUCGGCCUAUUACGCGCUCGUCGGUGAAGAGUCUGACAUCGGCCUUGACGAGCGCUCGGCCCUUGUGUGCUUCUACCGCGGCCUAGCGGAGCUGAGGAUGAUGGGCUUUGUGAAGCCGAGCAAAAAGAAGGCCGAUCACGUUGCGAAGGUGAAAUGGCUCUAAGCCACCCCCGGCUUGGGAUCAUGGCUCCCGGCCAAAUGGUUGCCAGCGCGAAUCGCAUUGUUGGCAUAUGGGGCGCCGAGAAUCUGUGCCUUUCUGAAAUGUAAGCCACCCUCAUGACCGUGCUGAACAAGGUCUUGGUUGUUCCGAAACGGUCAAAGGGACGGUAACGGCCAAAAGACUUUUCGCCCCGACCACCAAAGAUAGCAAUAAGCGGACAAAGAUGGAGACGAGUCGAUGCCCGCUUUGAGAUGAGAAGAACCAGACUGUUUCUAUGGGGGAUAAGGGCGAGAUUUCCUACGGCGGGGGAACGUACAAGAGCCCGAGGUCCCCCUUGGGAGUCAGUCUUAUGUAUUACGUUGGCCAGAUUCGUCCCGCAUUCCUCCGAACCGGAGCAGCUCGCGCUGUUGUUGAAAGACGACAGUCCAACUCCGGAAGUGACUACUAUACUCUGCUGCUGGCCACAUCUUUACAGACAGCGGGCUCGCCAGCCUCGAUCGGAGCCUCUUCUGUCUUGUUGUUCCGCUUCUCUUCCCAUCUCGAGUCGUCCAGAGCCCGGGUUCACGCUAGAGAAUAUUUUGGUUUUUUUUUUUUUUCACUCGCCUAAGACUUUUGGUCUUAUCAUUGCUCCUGCAGCAUUUUUCUCCUCCUCGUCGUCGUCGUCGGCGGCAGCAGCA